AUGGCCACAGCCACCUCCGCUUCCGUAAACACCUCCUUCUUUCUCACCCCAAGACUACACCCUCUGGAACGAAUAUCUUUUCUUUGCCCUAUUCCCAACUCCUCUGUACCUCCUCGGCUAUCCUCCUCUCGGCUUCGACUUCGAAUUCAUCGUUCCGCUCUGACUCACGUCACAGCCUCCGUCAAGGUGCAGCCGCUACAAUG